UGUUUUUUUUCACAGCACAGCUACAGCUGCUUUUUCCCACAACACAACUGUGCCAAACUGGCCCUUAGUUUGUAUUUUUAUUUUUAUUUUGAAGAUUGUCAUUCUAAUAUAACCUGUAUUUUUGGUUUGGUGUUGCAUUGUUUUUUCAGUUUCGCUAGCUCUGGAGACAAUUAUUAAUAAUGGGGAGGUAUUUUUUCAAUGUGAUGUGGUGUUAUUUUGAAGACAUAGCUUGAUUGUCUAAAUUUCUGGGGGCAGCUUUGUCGCAUGUGGCUCGGGAUAAGAAUUCUGCAGCAAAUGGUUUGGCAAAGCAUGUCCUUCGGUUAGACGAUGAGCUAUCCUGGUUUGAGGAGAUGUCUCCACCGAUUGUGGAUUGAUGCUUUGUUUAAUCAUGUGUGAUUUUGAUCACCGGGUAAAAAAAAACGAUAUUAAUUGAAAGAAAAAGGCCUGAAAGGUUCAAACAACAGGGCUUUUGUAAACGACAACGAAAUUUAAGGAGUCAAAAACAAAUAAACGACAAUAUAAUUGUUUAAACGACAUUGGGCCACAAUAUGCUGAAUUAUUGGGCCUCCAUUAUCGAGGUUUUUCAACACACACAGAACGUUUAUUAUUCUCACUCCCUAAACCCCGCUAGAACCCCAGACAAAGAACUCGCUUCUCCACCGGUACUGGCUACAAUCUCCGGCAAACCGGCCGAUGCCCGCUAACGUGCGCCGUAUUCUCAGCACAGUCGAGGUACGACCCCAAACCCUUAAAACUUUACUUGUAAGGCAUUCGAAGAAUUUUGAUUUUCUGAACCAGUUUUUGCCUUUUGAUUUUCCCAUAUCCGAGGAUUCUUUGAAUGGCAUAAACCCGAACGAACGGCGAAAAAUCGCUGUUGGGUUGUCGAAAAUAGUCAAAACCCAGAAAAUUCACAUACUUGAGGACUUCUCUAGAGAGUUUUGCCCAUGUUCUAUUGUAAAUAUAAUGAAAAUGUUGGAAACUCGAGACACGGCCUUUGCUUUCUUUAAAUUUUCUUUUAGAGACCAUUCUGAUAGUGUCUUGAGGUCUUGUGGCCUCGCCGCACUUUUUUUCGCGGCAGAGGAUCUCCAAUUUUUGGCCCAGGACAUGGUUUCUUAUGUAAUUGAGAGAAUUGGAGCUGUUAGGAGUAGAUAUUUGGUUGAGUUCAUGUGGGAAAAUCACUAUAGAUACGAGUCACAUUUUUCAGUUUUGAAUACCCUUAUGCGAGGCUUCUUGAAUGCUGAAAUGGGCUACGAGGCUUUGCAGAUUGUGAGUAAAAUGAGGGAAGUAGGAGUGAGUCCAAGUUCAUCAGCUGCUAGAAUUCUGUUUAAGUUAUUGAUUAGAGUUGGUGAUUAUGGUAGUGUGUGGAAGCUUUUCAGGGAUAUUGUUAGUAAAGGGCCUCCCAUUUCGGCUCAUACGUUUAAUAUGAUGAUUCUCGGGUUCUGUCGAAAAGGGUUGCUCUCAACUGGUGAGAGCUUGUUACAUGUGAUGAGGAAAUUUGGUUGUGAGCCUGAUGUUUUUGGAUACAACAUUGUAAUCAAUGCGAAUUGUAUGAUGGGGCAGAUUUCAAAUGCACUUGAAUGGAUGCAUUUUAUGAUUUCAAAUGGAUGCGAGCCAAGUGUUGUUACCUUUAAUACAGUUAUCAAUGCCAUGUGCAAGGAGGGAGACAUGGUGAAAGCCAGAAGUUUCUUUGAUGGAAUCCUUAAUGUGGGUAUUUUUCCAAAUACGGUAACAUACAAUAUCAUGAUCGAUGGGUAUGUUAAGUCAGGGGAUACCGGUCACUACAAGUAUGGAAGGGAGAAUAUUGGAGACAUGUUGUUGAGGGAUUUAACUGUACCAGAGGUGUUUCCGGUUAGUUCUUUGUUUGAUGUUUCGAUUGCAGGUUUAUGUUGGGCAGGACGGUCGGAUGAAGCCAUGAAAUCUGUGGAAAAUAUGCUUGAGAAAGGAUUUCCUCUCAGUGUUGUUGCUUUUAACUCUAUUAUAGCAGCUUAUAGUAAGGCAGGGUUGGAAGAAAAAGCCUAUGAGGCUUAUUUGAUUAUGAGUAGAUUUGGUUUAACUCCAUCAUCUUCCACAUGUGGUUAUUUGCUAUUGGGUUUGUGCAAGAAGGGUUGCUUAAAUGAAGCGAAAGAUCUUUUAUGUAACAUGACAGAAAAGGGGUUUCCUAUUAACAAGCUUGCUUUCCUAGUGCUUUUAGAUGGGUACUUAAGGACAGGGAACCUGAACGGGGCUUGGAAUCUGUGGUAUGAGAUGCAAAACAGAGGGAUUCGUCCCGAUGCUGUUUCCUUUGCUAUCUUCAUCAAUGGACUGGCUAGAGCAGGUGUCACGGAGGAGGCAUAUGACAUGUUACUGAAAAUAGUAGUGGGAGAAUUUGUGCAGACUGACUCUGCAUAUAAUUUUUUGAUUAAUUGGUUUUAUAACCAUGGGAGAGUAAAUCGGAAUUCGAUUUGCUAAGGAGAGAGAUGCAACAAAAGGAUCAUUCUUCUAGAUAAUAUCAUCAUCACUCACAUUUCAAUUAUGAGAAAUAUGAAGGUGAAUUUUCUGUUUAAGUCAAAUGCAAUGGAAAACAUCAAUCCUGCUUUAACAUAUUCUUCCCAAGUUUAAAAGACUCAGCCUUCAACUGAUUAUGAUUUAUAACUUACCCUGAUUUUCUACAAUGGUCUCUGGUUCAUUUCUAGAUUUAUGACCUUUGAGAUUACAAUUGUGGCAUGGAAAAGAAGGGAGAAAGUAAAAAUGACUAUGGAUAAAUUUUGUGAACUCCUUCUUUGAAUUGGUUGAUGAUAUAACUUGGCAUCACCCAAAGGCUGAAGAAAGUUCUACAGAAUGGGGCACAAGACAACAAAGUGAUUUCCUUCUUUAAACGGAUUAGGACAAAGUUUGAAGUGAAAGUUAUGGGGUAAAUGACACUAGAAAGAAUGAUGAUACUCAUCAUGCUUGUAGUUUGAUAUUAUAAUUAAAUUAUGUAUAUUUGUAGCAAUUUAAAGUGUAAUAAACAUUCUUACUAACAUUUUGUCAGAUUACUCCUUUAGUCCCUAGGCAUUGUAAUUUUUUUCCUUGCUAUGUUAUAAUAUUUGUUAUCAUUUUUAUACACAGAA